UCGGUGCAGCCAGACAGAAGCAGAGCUCAGCAUGGUCUCCUCCUCAGAUCCUGCUGUCAUGGAAAAUCCCCCCCAGAGCCCUAAUGGGAGCCUGAAGUCCCCCCCGUCCAAGGAGCUGCUGACCAGCAACACGGCCAGCACGCUGUGCAUCAGCUCCCGCAGCGAGUCUGUCUGGACCAAUACCUCCAGGAGCAAGUGGGACAUCUACCACAAGCCCAUCAUCGUCAUGUCCGUCGGAGCUGCCAUCUUCCUCUUUGGAACAGUCAUUACCACCUUGUCGUGCUUUGAAAUCAAGAACAAGAAUGUGUACAAAAUGUGCGGCCCUGCAUUCCUGUCCAUGGGACUGAUGCUCCUUGUCUGUGGCCUCGUCUGGAUCCCCAUCAUCCGCAAGAAGCAGAAGCAGAGGCAGAAGUCACACUUCCUGCAGAGCCUCAGGUCCUUCUUCUUCAACCGCUGAGCACCUCCCAGGAAGGCCCCACCCCACUCGUCAUGUUAGCCGUAAAAAGAAGCGUUCUCGUGUACUCUCCUAGAGGAAUUCAUCCCAGUCCCUUCCCUAUAAGACAGGACAUGCUGUACCAUCCCCAGCAUGAAAGUGAACUUCAUAUUUUGCCCAGGGAAUCUCAGAAAAAAAGAGAUCAGGACUUGAUGGUGAACCCAGUGCCCCGCAUCACCUCACCAUGCAAUGGCCAACCCAACACAUGCUGUGCAAUGGCCAACCCCACAUGUGCCAUGCAAUGGCCAAACCAACACAUGAAGGGGAAAGCAGAGCUUCUG